UUUCCCAAUGGAGAGGGCCACUUCACCAGAGUGUGGCUAGUGCCCACACCCAAGGGGUAAGGGCUGAGGAUGAGACCCUUGAGGACCCAGAGGACCAUGCCCUGCCUGAAAGCCCAGCCUGAAGGCCCAAGGGACCUGCCCUAAGGGAGCCUGGCAGAUACCUGGAUUCAACUUGUGACCCUUCAAAAUGAAGCCACUCCUGGGUGACAUGCAGGGAGCAACAGCUGUAACCAAAAGGUGAUUCCUAUUCAGCCCUUCUCUGCGUGAGCACCUCAACAUGAGAUACAGUUUCCACUUGACCUUCAUGUGUCUGAGUCUCUUCACUCCAAGGAUGUGUGCCCAGGGGAACCAGUUCAACAUUGAAGUCAGCAGAAAUGACAAGCUCUCCCUGCCUGGCUUUGAGAAUCUCACAGCAGGAUAUAACAAAUUUCUCAGGCCCAGUUUUGGUGGCAAACCAGUGCAGAUAGCGCUGACACUGGACAUUGCAAGCAUUUCCAGUAUUUCAGAGAGCAACAUGGACUACACAGCUACCAUAUACCUCAGACAGCGCUGGACUGACCAGCGGCUGGUGUUUGAAGGCAACAAGAGCUUCACUCUGGAUGCACGCCUUGUGGAGUUCCUCUGGGUGCCGGACACUUACAUCGUGGAGUCCAAGAAGUCCUUCCUCCAUGAAGUCACCGUGGGAAACAGGCUCGUCCGCCUGUUCUCCAACGGCACAGUGCUAUAUGCUCUCAGAAUCACGACGACUGUUGCAUGUAAUAUGGACCUGUCUAAAUAUCCCAUGGACACACAGACAUGCAAGUUGCAACUGGAAAGUUGGGGCUAUGAUGGCAAUGACGUGGAGUUCAGCUGGCUGAGAGGGAACGACUCUGUGCGAGGACUGGAAAACCUACGGCUUGCUCAGUACACCAUACAACGGUAUUUCACCUUGGUCACGAGAUCCCAACAGGAAACAGGAAAUUAUACACGAUUGGUCUUGCAGUUUGAGCUUCGGAGGAAUGUCCUGUAUUUCAUUUUGGAAACCUAUGUUCCUUCCACUUUCCUGGUGGUGUUGUCCUGGGUUUCAUUUUGGAUCUCCCUCGAUUCAGUUCCUGCAAGAACCUGCAUUGGAGUGACCACCGUAUUGUCAAUGACCACACUGAUGAUUGGGUCCCGCACAUCGCUUCCCAACACCAACUGCUUCAUAAAGGCAAUCGAUGUGUACCUGGGGAUCUGCUUUGGCUUCGUGUUUGGGGCCCUACUGGAAUAUGCAGUUGCCCACUACAGCUCUUUACAGCAGAUGGCAGCCAAAGAUAGGGGAAUGGCAAAGGAAGUGGAAGAAGUCAAUAUUACUAACAUCAUCAACAGCUCCAUCUCCAGCUUUAAGCGGAAGAUAAGCUUUGCCAGCAUUGAAAUUUCUGGUGAUAACGUCGACUACAGUGAUUUGACAAUGAAAACCAGUGACAAGUUCAAGUUUGUUUUCCGAGAUAAGAUGGGCAGGAUUGUUGAUUAUUUCACAAUUCAAAACCCAAGUAAUGUUGAUCGAUAUUCCAAAUUACUAUUUCCUUUGAUUUUUAUGCUAGCCAAUGUAUUUUACUGGGCAUACUACAUGUAUUUUUGAGAGCAUAUUGAAUUGUUUGCAUGCCAUAGGACUUCAAUGGAACAAGGUAAUAACGCAAUGGUAUUCUAAGUCAAGUGUUCAUGAUAACCCAGUGGUGCUACAAAUGACUAAUAUGACAUUUGUGCAUUUCUCCUCAAAGAAUGGAACCCCAACCAUUAUUUAAGCUGUGUAGAAGUCUUAGCAUUACAGAGUCUUAUAAUAAAAACAUCAAUCCAUUCCUUUUUUAUCUUGGCAAAAGACAUCCCCAUGGAGCCCAAGAUUACAAACUUACACAGGACUGGCUAUUUGCUCAGUACCUCUGUGGUCUGCCUUUACCUCAUAGAAAGUAUGAGAAAGAGGCCAACCAUUACAUGUACUGAGUAACCCUCAACUGUCAGGGGGUGUUUCUAAAUUAAUGAUACAUGCUGUUUACUACAUCUCUGCCGUAAUGUAAAACGCAUUUUUGCCUAUUUACGGAGCAACAUUUUCUAAUUUUUGUUUUUAAUUAAAAUGAAAUGCAGGCCUAAGUCAAUUCACUGGAAGUCAAUACACUAACUUAAUAACAAGAUGAGUUUUUGAUACAGUAUUUAAUACAAUCUCAGAAUUGUCCCCAAAUUCGAAUAAGUCCUACACUGAAAAGUCAAAUAUAAGUGAAGAAAAAAUUAGUGGAUCAAUUAUCUCCAACACAAAUCCCUUGUUUCUAAGAUUUAAUGGAUUCCCUAAACUAGAAGGACUCUGGGGCUAUAUUUCCCAUGUGAUAAGUCUUAUCAUUUUAUUAUUAUAUGCACAUCAGUCCUCAACAAUGCUAAAGCCCUUGCCCCUCAUCAGGGAUGGAAAUGGAAGAAUUUUUUUUCCUUAUUCUAGGAGUCUUACUAUGGACUGAUGGCAUCAAGACUUACAGUAUUGAAUCCAUUUCUAUCUUCUACUCUGACACUAAUCAACACUUUCCUAGGAGCAAAUGCCCUGCAUCCUUCCAAGAGGAACUUUUAUUUCUAUGUUCUAAUGACCAGGAAUGAUGUUUAUUAGAUAACAAACUGCAUUAUUCAGAAGCAAGUGGCUUAGCAAAAGUGAGCUUGCCUUGGUCAGAUCCCUGAUCCUUUCUUACUGGACUAUUUUGAGUGGCUUAACCUGUCUGAGUAGGAGAAUGCUGUUUCAGAACCUCCGUUCAGGCUGCAGGUGAUCUGUCUUUCCAAGUCCAACCACUCUCACCUGAUAUAAGAAACACCUUAGGAGCAACCUUACUCCUUGGCCAAGCUCUGCUAACAGCACCAUAAAGUGGCCAUUUAUGAGUGUUCCAUAAAAAAAGCCUUCCAGUUCAGUCUCAAUCUUUUUAAAGAAUCUUGCCAUUCUCGAGCUUCCAUUUUUAGUAAAUGUUUGCCUUUACCCUUCCUUUCAAGAAGAUUAUCCAUUUCUAUAACCGCCUAUACCACAGGUGGUUUCCUUUAUGAGACUUCUUACUAUUCAGUUUCUUGGUUUUGGUCGCCUGAGCUUUUAACAAUGUUUCUAAUGGGAAUGGGGGAAUUAAAAGAGGUGACAUGUGGUUGUAUGA